GCGAGAGAGAGAGAGAGAGAGAUGGCGAGAGUAGAAGCCCUGAGCGCGUACAGAGCGCUGCUGAGAGCGACUCGGAAAACCUUCGCCGGAGACUCACAGAUGCUGACAGGUUCGGCCGCCGAGGUCCGAAAAAAUUUCGAGGACAAUCGGCAAGUAACCUCCGAGGCCGAGAUCCGGAGGCUCCUCGACGAGGCACGUGAGGCCACCCAUUUCAUCGCCAACAUGAUCGUCCAGGCCAAGCUCAACUCUAGCGGCGGUUACCAAAUGAAGCCCAACAAAGAGCAUGCAGGAGCAACACUUGAGAUUCCUUCUGAAGACAUUCUUAAGACCGUCUAGGAGUAAUUGUGGAGUUUAAUGCCAUGUUUUUUGGACAAUCUUUGCCUCAAAUAUGAGCUUUUUGUCGAUGAUCGAGUAUUUUUUCCUCAGUAUUUUUCCUCAUUAGUGUUCUUGAGGGACUCGCUCAAAUAUUUUAUUUGUUUUGGGAAUAAUUUUCUAUGAGCUCCCUUUGGUUGUUGCUGAGACUUUUGUAGUAGUAAGCUUUCGUCUAGAAGCAUUUCCCCUGAAGGGUCAUGUACUGUAGGUUGUAUAUCGUAUACAUUUUUGCUCACAUUUCUGGGAAAAGUUGAAUGCAACUCUUAAGCAGUCCCAGUUUUAGAUUAUCAAAAUUGUGGUUAAAGUCUUUAGGCAGUCCUUUUUGGUU